GUCCGCGUAAGACGUCCUUUUGUCGCGUUCUUAGUCUGGAGGGUGGAUUUUUCUACUUCCGAGAAAGUUUUCGAUUGCAGAAAGUGUGUCAAAGGGUAAAUCUACCUUCAGGCGUAAUAGUGCGGAGUGAUUCAAAGUUCAGUUUGUGAAAUAAGGAUUAGUACGAAAAUCGCGGAAAGUUGGUGGCUAUCGCCCGUCGUCGUCGUCGUUUUGUGUGUUGUUGGAAAAACAGAACUAUCCCGAACCCACACUCACACACACAGAGACGCAUGUAGAAGCUCGCAUAGAAGGGUGCAUUCAAAGCGCGCGUAACUAGCUGCUCCUGCUGCUCUUUUGGGGGGAAGGAAAACUACGCCUCUCCCUCGCGGAAAGAGAGAAAAAUCUAGAGAGAGAGUGAAAAUUCAACGAGCGAGGACUUUGGCUUCGUCGUCGUCCCCGUUCGUUUUGGUUCGUCCGAGUCCGUGUCGGGUUUUGUUUUUCUUCGCGUUGCAUCGAGUCGACGACGAACGCGAGUGGAAGUGGAUCACAGAACAGCUAGGCACACGGGAAAAUUAGCCACCCAUAUUUGGAAAACCCUUGUCAGAGCCAGAGUCUGAGCCUGAGCCAAGUCAAGUCAGUUCAACGUUUGUUGUGUGCGAGAGAGCGUGAUUGUUUAUUUACCAGCAGGAGGCAGCUCAAAUCAAACACAGAGCAGCACAUACUCAGGAGGAGGAAAGCCACUGCUGGAAAAGUAUCGAGCUAACUCAGCCAGCAGUAGCAGCAGUAGUAGUGUGUGGUGGAAAAACAAGGCUUUUCGUUCGAGAAGUGCGAAAAUUGAUGUUUUUCGGUUAGUGUUCUUAGUGGAAAGCUGCAGUGGUUGCAUUUGAUUGGUAGCACGGGGAAACCCAUAAGUUUUCCGUGACGAUAUUGGGUGCUGAUUUUGGGCAUCCGUUGUCUUUAGAACGGGUGGGUGAAGUGACCCCGAGUAAAGCAUUCGGAAAUGAUUGCAUAAGGUGCUUCAUGCAGCAUAAUCGCAUGCAUAGCUGCUGUGUACAAAAUAAAAAGCCAUAAAGGCCACAGGCAUAGAGAAGGAAAAUCGAUGUCAGUGCUUCGUUUGUUGGGGAAAUUGGUGUAGAAAUCCUGAAUUGUGCUAUCAAAAUAGCAAUUAGAUCACAGUGCAAAGCGCAACACAAAGUGCACCGUAAAGUUUCGUGUCAGUGGUUUUGGCUAGGUCUGAAUGUUGAAAAUGUCCUCGAUUUCCGCUCAGGGAGUGGUUGAGCGUGCCUCGGCCGAGCUUUCGAAACGUAUAAAUGGCCUUGGGCUGCGCUCGAAGCACCAUCAUAGCAGCGGAAGUAGUAAAUCCGGUGAAAAGACCAGUGUCAUGGAGCGUGUCACAAAUGUGCUGUGUGGUGGCUCCAGUAGCAAUAAUUCUGCCCAAUCCGGUGGUGGAAGUGCCCCAGAAAAACCGUCGCGUAUUUCCAGUGGCUCCAGUUCGGGCAUUCCCAGUAGCGGGAAAGGAUCUUCUAGCAGCAAAUCGCAGUCCAAUACACCGCAAACGAUUCGAAAAAUUUCCCAUCACCACCAGCAUCACAAUCCGAGCAUCAAUCAUCACGGACAGAGUGUUGUGCACAUCGGGGGCAAAACAAUUGCCGCUGCGCCACCUCCUCCGCUGAUUCUGACCAUCGAGCAGCUACUUCAGGACGAACGGUUCCUGAACCGAUUUUUCCUCUAUUUUUCCUCCUUCGAGCGAUGCACUUUGGCACAGGUUUGUCAGAAGUGGCGCGACAUUUUGUACCGCUCCCCCCGCUACUGGAGUGGCCUCGUGCCCGUUCUGCAGUGUCGUGAACUCCGUCAAACCUCCAACCAGGACCGGGUGAAGCUCUACAAUACGCUAAUCCGCCGCAGCUUUCACGCCGUGUCACUGAUGGGGGCCACCGAUGAGGAUGCGCUCGAUUUGGUGCACUCAUUUCCACUAGCAUCGAAACACGUGCACUCGCUGAGCCUGCGGUGUUCAUCCAUCAGCGAUCGUGGAUUAGAAGCCCUGCUGGAUCAUUUACAGGAAACUGGAUCCUCCGACUGGCAGCUACUCCAGAAGAUCCACACCCAAUUCGGCGUCCCGAAUGGUGUUGGAAUCAACUUGAUGAUGAUUAUGUGGGAUGGCGGACCUUUUAGAGGUUAUGUCCACCAGCGGCAAUCAGUUUUCUGUCCACGGAACGCGGGUUCGGUUUCGUCUUAA